AUGCAUUCCAGUGACGCAUUAUUACCUAAAGCGUAUGCCCUUCCAAAAAUUCACAAGCCUAAUAAUCCGUUCCGACUAAUUGUGUCCUCAAUUAAUACAGCACUUUAUUCCUUUGCCAGUUAUUUACAAAGGAUUAUUUCCGACAACAUUCCUAUAACAAGAAGCCAUGUGAACAAUAGCUUUGACUUAUGUAAGGAGCUCUCUGGUAAGAUAUUGAGAAACUCAGACAUUUUCAUAUCUUUAGAUGCGACUGCUCUUUUUACGAAUAUUCCUCUAAAUCUUGCAUUGGAGAGCAUCAAAAAAAGAUGGCCGGAUAUUAGUAAAGGCACCAAAAUCCCCGAAAAAGAGUUUUUAAUGGCCAUAGAAUUCAUAUUAUCAUCUACAUAUUUCACAUUCAACAACGUGACAUAUAAGCAGACCUUUGGUUCCCCCAUGGGCUCUCCGCUGUCCCCGAUUAUUGCUGACAUUGUUAUGCAAGAUUUGGAGGAAUCAAUAUUAGAAUCGUUGGAUUUCGAAUUAUUGUUUUAUUUCCGUUACGUUGAUGACAUAAUUUUGCCUGUUCCACGCGACAAAGCACAUUACGUUUUAAACAAAUUUAAUAAUUACCACGAAAGACUUAAAUUUACCAUUGAAUUUGAAAAGGAUCGUAAGUUAAGCUUUUUGGAUUUACAACUACUUGUGAUUGAUGACACUAUUGUCAUAGAUUGGUAUCAUAAGGAUACAUUCUCAGGCAGAUACUUAUCCUAUUAUUCGAACCAUCCGGAAUGCCAUAAAAUCGGCACAAUAUACGGUUUAGUCGAUAGAGCCAUACUUUUAUCUCAUCCUACGUUCCAUUCUAAGAACAUUAAAUAUGUUAUCGAAUUGUUAAUUGCCAAUGGUUAUCCCUUAAAUUUAAUUUUCAAACGAAUCAACAUAAGAUUGAAUAAAUUGUUCAACGGCAAACUUAUGAAUAGAAAUAAAAUUGAUACAAUUGAUCCGGAUGACAAUGAUGGAAGAAAAAUUAUUGUUAUACCAUUUAUCAAUAAUAUUUCGGAAAAAGUAUCUCGUUUCUUUAAUAAAAACGAACAUGUAAUUGGUUACAGAGUGCUGAACAAAUUAAACAAAUUUAUUAGAACACAUAAAGAUGUUUCUGAAUUGUGCGUGAAUAAUAAUGUCAUCUACAAAAUCAAUUGUAACAAUUGCGAUGCCUCUUAUGUGGGGCAAACCAAAAGGCAAUUAAAAACAAGAAUUAAUGAACACAGAACCAACUUUAGAUUGGAUCCAUCAAAGCAUUCGGUCAUAACGGAACAUAUGCAAAAUCUCAACCGUAGUUUCAAUUGGAAUAAUCCUUUAAUAUUAGAUUUCGAGACAAAUUAUCAUAAAAGGCUGAUUUCUGAAAUGAUUCACAUAAAGGAACAAAAAAACGGCAUUAAUUCCAAUAAAGAUACUGAAUUACUUGAUGGGUCAUAUUUUAGUAUCUUAAGCGAACUUAGUAACAAUUCAUAG